GUUAAUGCGUGUUUUUCUUUUUUUUUUUUUUUUUUCCUCCCCCACCUGUACCGUUGAUUAUUUCAAGGGCCCGGUUUUGUAGCAUGGGAGACAAGAAGAGUCCCACAAGGCCGAAGCGGCAGUCCAAGCCGUUCACCGACGAUGGGUACUGGGACUGCAGCGUGUGCACGUUUAAGAACAGCGCGGAGGCGUUCAAGUGCUUGAUGUGUGAUGUCAGGAAGGGAACGUCAACUCGAAAGCCACGACCCGUUGCUCAGCUUGUUGCACAGCAAGUAAAUCAACAGUUUGCAUCGCCGACGCAUCCCAAAAAGGAGAAGAAAGAAAAAUCUGAGAAGGACAAAAGCGACAAAGAUACAGCACUGAAAAAGAAAAACCAGAAAAGGAUGAGGCCCAGGUUAAAGAAUGUAGACAGGAGCAGUGCCCAGCACCUGGAGGUCACAGUCGGAGACUUGACUGUAAUUAUCACAGACUUUAAAGAGAAAGUUAAAUCCACAUCUUCCUCAGUGAGCGCCGCCUCAGCAGACCAGCACAGCCAAAGUGGCUCAAGCUCCGACAACACUGAGCGAGGAGUCUCCAGGUGCUCCUCGCCCCGCGGGGAGACUUCAUCGGUUAACGGAGAGACUCACUAACCCCCACGCACCAGUCAGCGUAACACACUGAUCUGCACUCUCCACAGUCUCAGUCAGAGAAUAAACUUCAACAUGCACAUUUUUCCUCAUAUAAACCUUAGAUGUCAGUAUGAUAGCAUCCACUUCCAUUUGAGAUUUCUCUGCCUUCCCCAUGUUUUACCCUGUGUGAUUGGUUCCAGGCUAUCAUGAUGAACUGAAAAUGGAGCAGUAGCAUUAAAACUCAGAUGUCUGUGUGUGGCUGUGCCACAUUUCUUGGUGCUUCAACAGUGUUACAUCAGCGUCACAGGCUGAAGUUGGUCGCUGCACACAUUAAAUUAGGUCAUGGUGGAAAUGUGAAGAAACCAUCUCAGAAGAAAAGUUUUUUGUUUUGUUGUUCUUUUUUUUUGUUUUUUUUGUUUUUUCUCAACAUCAUUUGCACUUGUUGCCAAUCCUGUGUUCGUAACACAUUUUUGCAUUAUUUUCAUAUUGGUGUCGUAACACUGUUGGUUACCUGCCUUUUCCAGCACACAUUUUAUGCCAUUGAAUGCAAUAACUGUUUUACCGUCUAACAUCUAAAUAAAAUUUUACUAAGCAAGCUUGGCCCUCAGUUUGUAGAGACAAGUCUGAUUUAAUCUAUAGAAUGGUUUAUAUUUUAAGAAAUUGAAUAAAAUGAAUUGUAGAUGUAUUAAUGUUUCUGUUUUUUUUUUUUUUUUUUAAAUGGAAGAUUUACAAUUACUCGUGAUGUCUGGUAUUUGCAUAUGUCCUUGUUCAGCAGUCAUCUUCAAGCUUUGCAGUUUACGUUUCAUUUCUUCACACCUGUACUUGACAGUUAAAAUUCUGCUCAAGUUUUACAAUGGAUAAGCUCUGUCAAUUUGAUAUAAAGUAAUGCCCAAUCAUAGGUUUUGGGAGGCUUCACAAAAUGUGGCAUUUAGCUGUGGUAUAUUCAGGACAUGCAUAAAAAUGGUUGCAUUAUUUUGUUUUGUUAUAUCGGAGACAAUGUCAGAAGUGUCCUAUAUGAACUAAAGUAAUAAAAAUAAAUUUAACAAAG